UCUUAGACUGCAAAUCCAGCCAAGUUUAUGUUCGUGUUUACUCUACAUGUAUAUUUAUAAUGACAAGUGUCAUUUUUAUUUGUCAUUGUGUGACCAGUGACAAUGACUUUAAUGUAUUUUAUCUGUAAUUUGAAAAUAAACAAUGGAGUGUAUUUUUUUAUUUUUAAUAAAUUAAAAUAAUAAUAACGGAGAAUUUAAUAACUUAAAUGAUAAAUAUUAUUUUUAUAUUAUGAAUUUAUGUAAAUAACACCAACAGAAAUUAUCAUGGGAGUUUACAGCAAGAUAGCAAAACUAAUAAAACGAGAUUACAUUAUUUUUACAAAACAACAUCGUAGAACUUACCAUGCCAUUCCAUUUUUGGAUUUGUAUGAGAAGGCAACAGGUGAUAUAGUAUCAAAGGACAGACUUUCAAUCUUAGUACGAAAACAUCCAAACAUUGAUACUUUGAGCAAUGAAUCUUUACAAUUUACAUUAGGUAUAUUGAAUAAAUUUGGCAUCACCACAUUAGAAGCUUGCAAACACCCUCAUGUGUUUGUAAUGAAUCCUAUUACAUUAGACAACUAUGGAGAAAUAUUGAAAGAAUGUGGAUUCGUAAAUAUCCUACCAAACCACAUAAUAAAAUAUCAUACCCUGGUGAGAUCCCGUACCAUAGCCUUUCUAAAGAAAGAAGGUUUGAUUAAAGCUGAUCUUAAUCUUGAGGAAGUUCUUUAUGACUAUUUUCCAGAAUUGCCAGCCAUGUGUAGAUCUUUGGAAAAUUUCCCUGAUUCCACAACCUCAAUAUUGAUAGUCAGGAUGAGUGUGUUAGAAAAAUACCUAAAGUGGAGAUUGUCUGUGACAUCUGAAGAGUUUCAGAGAUAUUGUCGAAAUUAUUUACCUCUAAAACAUAAACCGAUGUCUGAUAUUAAGGAAGCACUAACCAUAGCAGAAGAUAACAUUAUGUUUAGCAAAGACGAAAUCAGAAGAAAUGGUUUCAUAAUAUCAACUGAUCCAAUAAAAUCCAAACUUAUCAUAGAUAAUGUAAAGAGUCUAGCUGGUAUGGACAUUCGUCAGGUGAUAAGAACAGAGCCAGCGAUACUGAAAAAUAAUUAUAAUGCUUUACUGCAAAUAAGGGACUUAUUAGAGGAAUAUAGGAUAUCAGAUGAAGCACAACGGCGUUGCCUCAAAGUAUACUGCAUGAAACCUCAAACAGUUAAAGAGCGAUUAGAAGACUUAAUAAAUAUGAAAGAAUAUCAAAUUCUAUCAACCAAUCCUAGAGUUUUAUCAAUGGUCGUUCAUAAAAGAAAGAUGAUCAAGCGUCUCUCAAAAAUUAAACUCACAAAGAAACAAUGUUACAGUCUUAACCAUUUAGUAUCUUCCAAUAACGUGUUUAAUAAUUAUAUCACAAGUUUCGGUAACAGAGUUUGCGGACGAGACAUUAGUAUUUUAAUAAAUACUUCAUUAAUAGUUGACAAUAACAAGUCCAAUACAUCUAUCAAAAAGUCUAAUAGCACCGAAUCAUUGAAAGCGACACUGAAUCAACUCAAAAAACACAAAUAUUGGCUUCAUUCAGCACUAAGUGUUAUUGACGAGAACAUACAGUAUUUAAAGUUGAAAUUUGACAACAAAACUAUACUCGAGCAUUGUCAAUUACUACUAUAUCCUAUAUCCGAAAUAAAAUAUUAUGUCGAAAUAUUACUUGAGAAGCGUAAUGGCCUUCAUCCCGAUGCGCAUCUAGACGCUAGCUACAACAACCUGAAAUUUUCUGCGCUUUCUGAUCAGCAUAUUCUCAGCCUGGUUCUGUAUGAAAUCGAAAAGAAAUACCACUUCAGUGGUGAUGGUGUUUGGACCAAUCAAGAUGGCAUUAAAUUAGACUCCAAGGCUGUGAAUUAGGUAAUGUCAUUAAUUAAUUUUGGAAAAGAUUUUGCUAAGGAAACGAAUUUAAUAAUGUUGUUAGAAAAACGAAAAUAUAUUUAAUGGCAUAUAAGAAAUAAUCGAAUAUUUUUUGAUAAAAAUAACUACUGCAUAUCCAAUGUUUAAUCAAUUUCAGUCGAAUUAAAAUGCCAUUUAAUGAUGUAACUUGUGUCGCCGUUUUCGACUGUAGAAACUUAAUUGGCACAUGUGAAAUAUUAGUAUGAGAUACUUUAUUUUGUUAUGUAAAUGUUAGAAGAAUGGUUAGUUAUUUUAAAAAGUGUAUCAUAUUUCCUUAGCUUACAUCCCUCACUUUAUAAUAUUUGCUGUCGUAAAAGUGCAGUAGCACUGCUGUAUGUUUUGUAUAUAAUUAUUUAUAUUACAAGGUUAAAUUAAAACACUUAAAAUAAG